UUUUGUCCAUUUUCCGUAGCUGUUAUCUUCAUUAGUGAACGGUGGGUCGGAGGUGAGAGGUGAGGUACAUCUUGGGCGGGUCGCCAGGCAUGUACAGUGGACAACCAGUCACACUCAUAUUUCCACCUAUGAAUGAUUUGGAGCCUUCAGCUCAUUUAAUAUGCAACAACCCAACCUCUGCGAGUAAACACCAACUCCAAGAAAGCUGGAGCCAAUAUUUGAACCGAAGAACUAUGAGGCAAAAGUGCGAAUCACUAGUUCACCAUUUUACCAUUGUCAACAUAUUUAUUGACUGGAAAAAGUCGAGUUUGGUUGAGGGCUGCAACUAACGUUUAUUUUAAUAAUGCAUUAAUCUGUUGAUUAUUUCCUCAAUUGAUGAACUGGAUUUAAAUACGUUUAAUUUCAAUCCCGUUAUUCAAAAAGAAGACAUUAAUUCACACUGACGGUGCAGAAAAUGCCCCCCCCCCCAAAAAAAAAAACACGAAUUAUAUUUUGUGACUUGUUUGCUCUGUAACAGGACAGGAAAAGGCCUUUUUUUCCCAAAGGAAAAAAGUAAAUGUUUUCUAAUGAUUCAACACAAAGACAAGUCUGCUUGUAUGAAGGACUACAGAAAUCUGAGAACAUUUAAUGUUGCGAGGUUGAAAUUCCAAGGAUUUGGACAGAUCUCAAUCAAUAUAGGUCUUGAAACGAUUAAUCGAUUAUCUCAAAGCAUUAUUGAUUCAUUUGAUAAUUGACUGAUUCAUUCAGCUCUCGUUUGGUUACAUUCUGUUGCAAAGCCACAGGGUCGAUGGUGAAUAUGACCUUAGCAAUGUAUAUAUUUUUUCAACCGGCUCGUUUUUUUGAAGAUAAAGGUGAUGAGUAUUUGGAUUUAAUCUGAUGUUCUGUAUUAUUGAUUUUAAUUUCUGAACAUGCGUUUCCAAUUUCUGUUCAUGUGGUGUCAGUUCAAUGUGAAUACGGUGGUAUACCGACACGCCCAUUCCCCCCAACAGCUGGACCAUGUAUCACACUGACAAAUCCCUCCGGAAUUGUUUAUGCCCCUGUUGCAGUCAUGAAGAAUUUGAAACUUUGAAGUUUAAUCAUUUCUAUUUUACAUUCAUGCAGUUCUUGGUUCUAAAUCAUAAUGACUUCAGCUGUGCAAAACCGUUGCUCUGACUUGAAUUUAAUGACGUCAUGGUGAAAGCAUUUGUUGUUUUUCGAGAGGCUGAAUAGCUGGGCGGAUGUUAUAGACUGCGAGUCACUGACUUGCACAUUUCCUUGCAGCGCUUCUCCGAAUGAAUACGCUCUGAUUUGAUGAUUGAAAAAAAGUCAUGAGAGACCGAUUGCGACCUGAUGCAGAAGACAGACAGUGAGUGUGGUGAAAGAGCCCAUCAUUUUCAACGAUGGCCGCAGUGCUUCAUGUGUGUAUGAUGACUUGUCUGCUCGUGGUGGUCCUCGGCCAGUCCAUUUAUUCCUCACCCAAGAAAGGACGCAACAUCACUAUCCACUCUUCCAAUCUGGUUUGUAGCCUGCCGGGCCCGUUGGGGCCUGCGGGAAAUCCAGGAGCCCCGGGAUCACCCGGGGCAAUCGGGCCGAUGGGUGCACCUGGGAAGGACGGUCCAGAUGGGCAGGAUGGAGAGAAGGGAGAAAAAGGAGAUGGAGGUGAUCACGGCAGGCCCGGAAAUCCAGGCAAACCAGGCUUAAAAGGCCGCCCGGGCCUCAUUGGCAAGGCUGGACCUCGGGGACUAAAGGGCCAACGGGGGUCACCGGGGCCAGCAGGACAAAGGGGCCAGAAAGGAGAUGAGGGGGAUGUGGGUCAUAGAGGAGAAGCGGGAGGCUGCGAUUGUGGCACACACGCCCGCUCGGCUUUCUCGGUGGCCGUGUCAAAGAGUUAUCCCAAAGAACGCACGCCCAUUCGCUUCAGCCGCAUCUUGAUCAACGAGGGCAAUCACUACAAUGCGAGCAGCGGGAAGUUUGUGUGCGCCAUCCCUGGAGUCUAUUACUUCACCUAUGACAUCACCGUGGCCAACAAGCACCUUGCAAUCGGGCUGGUGCACAACGGACAGUACAAGAUUAAGACGUUUGAUGCAAAUACGGGAAACCACGAUGUGGCGUCCGGUUCCACUGUCCUCCACCUGCAGCAUCUGGACCAGGUCUGGUUGCAGAUCUUUUACUCAGAGCAAAAUGGACUCUUCUUUGACCCCUUCUGGACUGACAGCACCUUCACAGGCUUCCUCAUCUAUGCUGAUCAGGCUGAUCCAUAAGUGUUAAUUUACCUGAUGACACUUGAUACUGUAUUUCAAUUGACUGGGGUUUUUUUCUCCAUUCUUUUCUCUACAUCUCUCUAUCCCUGUUUUUUAAAGGGGAAUUCAAAGAAAAAAAUAUUCUUUGCAAAAAUAUGUUUUAUGCGCCCUCGUGUGUCUAAGACACGGUAGUUAGAUACAUAUUGCAUUCAUAAAAUAAGCAGAAAGAAGAGGAAUGCAUUUUCAUCAAUCUGAAUUUCUCAUCACCGUCCCCUACUGUCCACAGAAAUUGACGUCCAGGUGCCCUCGGGCACUCAUUGCGAACAUCACGACCAAACCUUGAAAACAGAUGACCUGAGACAUUUGCAAUGGGAGCCAGAAGGCACUUUGAUAAGCAUUUCAGUCAAUGGCAGAGGGCUGUGUAAUAUAAAAAAAUAAUACUAGUAAUAAAUUUAAAAUGUCAAGAAGUUGAAUGUUCCAUUUUCACACCUGUUAUUUUAAAUUUUCCCCCCAAAAGUUGAACAUUUGUCAUGCUGUUUUUUUUUUUUUUUGUACUUAUUGAAUACUUGUACAAAGUUGAAUGGUACAAGCUAUUGGCUAUUUCCCUGCAAAAUAAUAACAUGACAAAGUUGAAUGUUAGAAGCGAAAUAAAAAAGUUUAAUUAC